GCACAGUGUCAGCAACAGUCGUGUUUUACUGAGUCGCAGAGGCGUUUAGAUCCAACAGAAAAUAAAAUGUCUCGGCUGAUGGGACCCCCAGACAAGUUUUUGCCAUCCGAGUGGAAACAUGCAAACCAGGAACAUUACAGAAGUUCAGAGGCUGGACGAAAACACUCAGAGAAACUGACAGCAGAGUGUGAAAGGCUCAUAGAGGAGUGCAACAAAUCGAACAAAAGCAUGCAGCACGAUACUCAGAAGAGACUCGAACGGAGGAUCCAGGACAUCAAAUUCUGGAGGCAGGAACUGGUGCAGAAGUUUGAGCAGAUGGUGCAGGAGAUUGAAACCCUCAUAAUCUACAAGAGCCGUGUGGAAAAGGCUUUGGAGAGCUGCUCUGAGCCCUUUCAAGUGACUUUGCAAUGCCUGGCUGAGAGACAGAAGCGUGUGGCCAUUGAUCUGGUGCAUGAUGAAGUGGAAGAGGAGCUGCUGAAGGAAAAGGAGGUGGUUGAAGGAGUAAUGGUCCUGCUCCAGCGAACACUCGAGCAGAUCAAUGAGCAAAUCAGACUCAUUCGUUCUGUGAAAUACUAUCUGGAAAAAGACCUGCAGGACAAAUUUCAGGCUGAGCAUAUUGAUGAUUUCUGCUCUCUUCUCACCAACACAUCACCCGAUUUAAAUGAAGGAAAUUCAAGCUUUAAAUAUUCUGGAGCUGCAGUGACUCCUGAGGAGUGGGAGAGCCUUUGCAACUUAAACAUUAGCAAAGCCGAGAAGGAGAAGAACAACUCUCUUUCUCUGAGAGCUCUUGUGGACAGCCUGCUGGAGCAGACGACCAGAGACAUGCGCAGACAGUACGAGACCACUGGAAGAGCAUUUGAUCUGCGUAUAGAGGAGACCAAAACUGCUAAAGAACAGCUUGAGAACCAGCUCAAUGGGCUGCUGGCAGAGAUCGCAAAUCAAGAGAAGAAUCAGGAGGCUCUACGAUUGGCUGUCGCAGAAAAAGAAGCUCCACUGAAAGUGGCUCAGACUCGACUGUCCACACGCAGUCAAAGGCCCAACGUUGAGCUCUGCCACGACCCGCCUCAAAUCCAACUGCUGGCACAGGUCAAAGAGCUCACUAACCAUGUUCAGAGACUGGCCGAGGCUCUUGAACUCUCAGAGACUGAACUGAAAGCUCUAGCAUACAACCAGCUGAGACUGGAAGAGGAGAUCCAGGUGAAGACAAACUCCCUGUACAUAGACGAGGUGAUCUGCCAUCAGCUGCGUCAACAUAUCACUAUACAGAGCUUCUGAACAUGUACAAUGGAAAAACCUAGUGAUGCUUUAGUGUUUGGAAGAACAGUUUUGAUGGUUUCAAUACAUUUAAUGUGUUUAAAAUCUCUAAUGGAAUCUUUCCUCUUGUUUCUUUGUUGAACACAUUGUUAAAA